UUAACCCAAAAAUUUAGACAAUAACAAGAACAGCCCCAAAUAACAAAAACUGACAAUGUCAGUAGCGGAUGUUUCCACCAUUUGCCGCAAUGACAGUAUGUUUCGAUGGUUGAUAUGUUGAUUUUUAUUUGUAGUAUUUGGGUUUUAUGUAGCAUUUAUAUAUAUUUUUUUCUGUGAUUAAUAGAUUUUAUUAUAUUUAUUUGUCCUUUGUGACUCAUGGAUUAUGAAUUGUUGUACUGCACAUAGUAGUAGUCUCCUCAGGGAUGGUCCUCUGAGCCUCAAAUCAGCAAAAACAAAUAAAUAAAUGGAUAAUUAUAUAAAAAUUCAGGCUGAGCAGCUCUGCACUGAAACCAUGACUGACUGGACUUUGUGUCUGCUGUGUUCCAGCUUCACUCAGAGACUAAAUGGCUUCCAGAUUAGAGGAGGAUCUCUGCUGUCCGGUCUGUCAGGAGGUCUUCAGAGAUCCUGUUCUUCUGUCAUGUAGCCACAGCUUCUGUAAAGUCUGUCUGAAGAACUGGUGGAGAGACAAACCAACACAGGAGUGUCCAGUUUGUAAGAGAAGAUCUUCAAGAGAUGAUCCACCUUUAAACUUGGUGCUGAGGAACCUGUGUGAGUCCUUCUUACAGGAGAGAGAUCAGAGAUCUCCAGAGGCUCUCUGCAGUCUGCACUCUGAGAAACUCAGACUCUUCUGUCUGGACCAUCAGCAGCCAGUGUGUCUCGUCUGCAGAGAUUCAGAAAAACACUCCAACCACAGAUUCAGACCCAUCGAAGAAGCUGCACCACAGCACAAGAAGAACCUUCAGGAAACUCUGGAGCUCUUAAAGGAGAAGUUAAAGGUUUAUGAAGAAGUUAAAGUGAAGUUUGAUGCAACAGAAAAACACAUCAAGGUCCAGGCCCGACACACAGAGAGGCAGAUUAAGGAGCAGUUCAAGAAGCUUCACCAGUUUCUAGCAGAGGAAGAGGAGGCCAGGAUGGCUGCACUGAGGGAGGAAGAGGAGCAGAAGAGUCAGAUGAUGAAGGAGAAGAUGGAGGCUCUGAGCAGAGAGAUAGCAGCUCUUUCAGACACAGUCAGAGCCACAGAGGAGGAGCUGAGAGCUGAAGACGUCUCAUUCCUCAACAACUACAAGGCUGCAGUGGAAAGAGUCCAGCGCUGCCCCCUGCUGGAUGAUCCACAGCUGCCCUCAGGAGCUCUGAUAGACCAGGCCAAACAUCUGGGCAACCUGGCCUUCAACAUCUGGAACAACAUGAAGGACCUGGUCUCCUACACUCCUGUCAUUCUGGAUCCAAACACUGCUAAUCCAUAUCUGAUCCUGUCUGAAGAUCUGACCAGUGUGAGGUUAGGAGAUAAACAACAACUUCCUGAUAAUCCAGAGAGGUUUGAUUAUAACUGUUCUGUCCUGGGCUCUGAGGGCUUUAACUCAGGGACUCACAGCUGGGAUGUUGAGGUUGGAGAUAACACAGGAUUGUUACUGGGUGUGUUAGCAGAGUCUGUCCAGAGGAAGGGACGCAUACGAUCUGGAUUGUGUGGAAUAAUGUUCUAUGAAGGUAAAUACUCAACAUAUUCACCAUCAGCUCCUUCCACUUAUCUCCCAGUAAAGAAGAAGCUCCAGAGGAUCAGAGUGAAUCUGGACUGGAACAGAGGAAAUCUGUCCUUCUCUGAUCUUGAUACUAACACACACAUACACACCUUCACACACACUUUCACUGAGAGGAUGUUUCCAUUCAUUUACACUGUGGAGAAGGUGAAGAUUUUACCAGUGAAUGUCUCUGUGUCAGUGAAUCAGAUCAGUUAGAGAUAAGCAGGAUGAUUAUUAAUGUUUAUUGGGCUGUAACAACUAAUCAAUGUCAGUGAUCAUAUAAACUGUAGUUUUGUUGUCAUGAUGUUGGGUCAGUUACGUCACUGGAACCAAUGAAAACACAUUUAAUAUCUGGUGGUUGGAAGUAGAUCAUUGUGUUUAUAGCUUAAGACACGUUGAAUGUAGAGAUGAUAACUUUCUUUAUAAAGGACCUGAAGCAAGCAGUAUGUAGGACCUGGAGACAAUGCUUCACUGACUUUAACCAAUGAUUCAUGUUCUUGAUUGAAUAAAUUCUCAAGUCUAA